AAAAAAAGAAAAAACAGUCGCUUCGGAAAACAGAAAAGAAAAGUGAAAGCACAAAAAACAAAACACUAGCAAAGCAAAUUCACCAAUUCCCAAAGGCAAAGAAAAAGAUGCUUCUUCUCUCUUCCCCCAAGUAAACUCUGAACAAAAUGAUAAUCUAGGGUUUUCAAUUCCAGAACCAGAUGGAUUCCAAAAGGAAUGGCAUUAAAGUUGAUUUUGAGCCUGAUCCUGCUACUUGGACAGCCACAGAAGAGAAAAUUUUCAUUCAACUAAUGGUUAAAGAGGUUCAGAAAGGGAAUAGAUCCACAACAACAUUUUUGAGGAAAGGUUGGAAAAAUAUAGAGCAAGAGUUCCAUGAGAGAACUAGUAAGAGGUACAACAAAACUCAAUUUAGAAAUAAGUUUAAUCAACUGAGGACUCGUUAUCAUGAUUUCAGUAAGUUGUUGCAAGAACCUGGGUUUAGUUGGGACCCUGUGCUCAAUACUGUCACUGCUGCUGAGGGCGUAUGGGAAUCAUAUAUUAAGGUGAACAGAAAGGCCAAGAGAUUUAGGAAAAAAGGAUGCCCUAUGUUUAAUGAGUUAGUGGCCAUAUUUAAUGACUCAACAUUGAAGUACAAAGAUGUUUUUCCAUUAGCCCAGUAUCCCAUGGUUAAUGAAGACAACUUGGAUUUAGAAGAUUCAUCAACAAAUGCCACUCCAUCUGCUUUCCCCUGUAACAGUAGUGAGGGUAAAGGUUAUCCUUCACAAAAUACACGAAGACGGCAACGAUCUCCCACUCCUACAAGCCAUGUUGGAGGGAAGAGGGAGGCAAGGAUGGUGGAGAUGGGUGAAGCUUUAAAGGAAUGGACUGAAGUUACAAGGGCAAUGACCCCUACAACCUCUACCUUGAACAAAACUGACACGUCGGCCCUUUCUAGUGCCUUCUCAAUUACUAAUUGUGUCAAGUGUCUAGAAUCUAUUGAAGGUUUGGAUGGGGCUACCUACUUAAAGGCAAUCAAGAUGUUCAAGGAUGUGGACUGGAGGGAAAUGUUUAUGGCAAUGUCUUCUGAGAGAAGACUGAUUUGGCUGGCAAGCUUGGAGUGAUUUUGUUUGAUUGAUCUGAUGUUUGAGACAUCUUUGUGCCACUUUCAUUUUGUUAUCAGAAGAAGGUGCUAGAAGGAAACAUAAUUGUGUUGUUUAGGGACCUGCUUGAUUUCUGCUGGGAUUCCUAGACAACGAUGGUUCUUUUGAUAGGACAUGUUUGAUACAUUAAAUUACAUGUAUAUAAUUUUCAUACUGAACUCCCUGUUUUAACUAUUUUGUUUAAAACUUAAUCGCUAAUCUUAAUUGCAAA